AUGUCUCCAGCAGCUUCAACAAGGUGGUGUCCAACCCCGGACCAACUUAUGAUCUUGGAAGAGAUGUACAAAAGCGGCACAAGAACACCCAAUGCUUCUCAGAUACAGCAGAUCACAGCCCACCUCUCUUUCUAUGGAAAGAUUGAAGGCAAGAAUGUGUUUUACUGGUUUCAGAACCACAAAGCCAGAGAGAGACAGAAGCUUAGAAGGAGACUGUUUCAGCUACAGCAGAGACAACAAGCAGCAGUACUGUACCAGCAUCAACUGAUCCAUGAUGUUCAACACCAUCUUCGCUACCAUGUCCACCCUCCUCCUGCUUUUUCAUCACCUAUUCAUCAUCACCAACUUUCUCACUACUAUAACUUAGCUGCAGGGUUUCUUCCUCAGGGUGGAGUUGAGGAUGCAUCAACAAAAGUGAUGAAUUAUACCUGGAAGAAUAAGAUGGAUCUUCCAGAAAGGCCGUGUGAGAUGGACAAGUCCAUGAGCAGAUCCUGCGGUACUUGUAUGAUGAUGAUGGUCGAUGAGGGAACUCCCCCUUCUUGUAGUAGGCCCCUCAAAACCCUACAACUCUUCCCUAUCACUGCCACCAAUGUCAAGGAUGAGCCCACAACAUCCAAACACAUCUCGUGUCCCCAGUCCACCACCAACCCACCCUAG